UCCACAGUCUUGUUUUUAUUUCACUUGUUAGUGGGACUUAGUCCACCCUUUAAGGUGUGUACAUUCCCAUCAAAGACACAUUACGCGGCUAACAACACAAUCCUAAACAACAAAUGGCGUUAUUGUCAUAGCUAAGCUAGCAUGUAGCUAGCUUGCUCACACAGGAAGUGGCUUGUUGAGGAAUUUCAAUCAAAUGCCGUGCAAAACCGCAACUUAACUUUGACAGCUCCUCUUCUCCUCAAUACUCUCCAAGAAGGGCGUGUCUUUAAGUCACAUGACAUUACAGUACAUUGCGUCACAUCAUAUUUUCUAAUAAUAGAAUCCUCCUUCACAUUACCUGAUGUGAACACAUUGAGGAAGUGAAUUGUUAUUUGCUCAGGUGUACAGUUGUAACAACAACGAUCGCCAGAUCAUGGACUUGCUUUUGUUAUCAAUGCUAAUUGUGCAAAUACACCGCGGACUGCCUGUGACUCACUCGCUCAAGUAUUUCCAAACUGUGUCCUCUCAAGUUACAAACUUCCCAGAUUAUGUGGUCGUGGCUUAUAUUGAUGACGUUGAGAUCGGUCACUAUGACAGCAACACAAAGAAAGCAGAAGCCAAACAAGAAUGGAUGAAGAACUUUACAACAGUGGAUCCAGAGCACUUUUUGUAUCUGACACAUUUCGGUAUUCGCGAUGAAGUGAAGGACAAAGAGGACUUGAAAAGUUUACAGAAGAGCUUCAACCACACUGAAGGUCUUCACAUUUACCAGAAGAUGAAAGGCUGUGAAUGGGAUGAUGAAACUGAUGAAAUCAAGAGUUGGAGACAGUCCAGUUAUGAUGGAGAAGAUUUUCUAGCGUUAGACACCAAGACAUGGACAUGGACUGCAGCAAAACCACAAGCCGUCCCCAUGAAACACAAGUUGGACCAUGAUCGAGAUUUUAUGAAGUACUUAAAGUUUGAACACAAUAACAUCUGCGUUCAUAACUUGAAAAAUUAUCUGAACUUUGGUAGAGACGUCCUAAUGAGAACAGUGCUUCCAGAAGUGUUUCUCCUCCAGAAGACGCCGUCCUCUCCAGUCAGCUGCUUCGCGACAGGUUUCUACCCCAGCAGUGCGGCAUUGUUUUGGAGGAAAGACGGCAAGGAUCUCCACAAGAACGUGGUGCACGGAGAAAUCCUGCCCAACCCUGAUGGAACUUUCCAGAUGACGGUGGAUCUGAAAGUGGAGGUGACGGCCGAAGUGGAGGGCAAGUACGAAUGUGUGUUUCAGCUGUCUGGUGUCAAAGAGGACCUGGUCACCAAGCUGGAGAGAAGAAGCAUCCUGAGCAACGCAAGUGAUGAAGACAACGUGAGACUUGCCUUCGUUGUCAAGGUGGCGGUCUUCAUUGCAGUGAUCCUCGCCAUCAUUGUCGUAGUCGUCAUGCGUCACAAGAACAAACAAGCCAACUAUGAUCCAGCUGCUGGUGACGAUGGUACCGAGCACUCAGAGAACAAGAUGGAUGAAAGCUAAAUGCGAGAGCAGCAGUCAGCACACAGAUCUUUUGUGCACUGGGACACAGAGCGACCACUGAGGAGCGAGGUCACACUUGAAGACGAGAAGGAGAUGUGCUUUGCUCAUCAUCAAACUGCUCCUUGUGUUAUACGGUCUCUUUUUUUUUUAUGUUUAUGGCUUAGAAAACGAGUUAUGUUCAAAUGUUUUUGCUGCCUUUGUUGGGAUCACUUGCACUUUAACACUUGGAUACUUGUAAUUAUGUCUUUUCAUUUUCGUACACAGCUCUGUAAUUCAUUGGCCCAACGCUAUGCACCUCCCAAACACUAGGGGGUGAUUCUAGCCAUUUACCCUUUGUCAACCAAGAAGGAAGGAAAUGCUACAUGCUAAUAGCAGUAACUGGUAGAAAAUGGGUCAAAUUGAUAACAUUACGUUCUACAGCUCUUACAUACAGACGGUAAGUUAAAAAAGGAACAACUUUAUUAUUUAUUACCAACGGUAAAGCCAGGAUACAUCAUUGUGAGUUGUACUCUCACAUAGGAUGGCCAGAUCUUUCUACUUGAAAUUUGAGGCAUUGGUACACUUUUAUCCAUGAAGCCAUAAUUGGGCUAAUGACCUCUUACAUUUGCAAGAUAAUAGCACAAAGAAAUGUAAACUUGUAGGGCUGUGAAUCUUUGGGCACCACACGAUUCGAUUCAGAAUCGAUUGUCGAUUCAAAAUGAUUUUCGAUUCAAAACCAAUACUUUUUUUAAUAACAUUGGAUGCUGAUUCUAUGAUUCUAUGACAUUGCUUUAUAAAAUAGAUAAACACUUCUGAACAAUUUCUAUAUUACGUUAAAGAAAACUGGUUUUGUUUAAUUAAAUUCUACCCAAACAUUUAAUAAAGUCAAAUACAAAUAAGGUAAGAUAGUAUCCAACACUUUUCUAAAGUAAAUCUGUACAGUAGAUAUGAUCAUCUACAUCAACUAUAUGAUUUGUGGAUGGACAGAACAGAUUGAAAAAAAUUAUAAUAAUUUAAAUCCAUUUUUGAUGUUUUUGAAUCGAUUAAGAAUCGUUACAAAUUAGAAUUGUGAUCAAUCUGAAAAUCGAAAUUCUCUCCGCUUGAUUGAACUGCUGUUGCUUUCUGUUCCUUAUGCUCGUACAGAACUGUGUAGAACAUAUUUGAUGUUUUCUGCACCUUAUGCUUGGAGUCUGUUGCAAAAGGACUGAAAAUUGACCGAGUUGAUUCGUAUCCCCGACAGCUGUUCAAAACAACAUCACAGGGUUUUUUCAGGUAAGCAUUAAAAUUCACUGAACGGAUUUUGCGAUAAUUAAGGUCUUAAAUGGCAUUAAAAAGCAUUACAUUUGAUAUCCACAGGCAUUAAAAAAAUUUAAUGCGGUAAAAUUACAAAUGCUGUUGGCUAAACUCAAGUCGGCGAUUAAAGGCAGGCUAAAGGUGCCUAAUUUUUUGGGCGUGACCCACAAAGCAACUUCUGCUGUCGCCACCACAACUGGCAGCUGCUGCUACCACUAAAGAAAAAUACAUCCCUGAAUUAAACAAUCUUGUGAGCCAAUUUUAGUUCACUACAGAGUAACAGUUAAUGUAAGCUGUUCAACUAUUCAAGAUUAAUAUUGUCAAAUGCUUAGAAUUGUGUCUAUAUAGACGAUAGUACAUUUUUGAUUAUAUAUAAUAACUACCUGCAAUAGGACACGGACAUUAAAUGUGUUUUAAGUGGCAUUAAAAUAGCAUUCACUUAGAUCUGCUGAUACCUGCAGAAACCCUGUAUGAAAGCCAGAGAGGAAACCUCAUUUAUUUGCAAGAGCUGCGAAGAACCUAUUGGAAUUGUUCCGUUUAUUAUUAUUGCUGCUCCUGACCUAAUGGAAUUGUUCCGUUUUUUAUUAUUGCUGCUCCUGACCUAUUGUAGUUUUUCCGUUUAUUAUUAUUGGUGCUCCUGACCUAUUGUAAUUGUUCCGUUUAUUAUUAUUCUAGCAAAUUCGACACUUUUUCCAGGGCUUUAACAUGCACAAAAACUCACCAAUUUUGCGAGCACGUCAGGUCCAAAAAAAUAAUAAUUCUAUUUUGGAAAUGAAAAAAAAAAAUUUGCUUCUGCCACCAGUUUCAUGUAUCGUCAUGAGAUUUGGGGGAGACGGCUAUCAUGACAGGACACGUGAGAAAAGUCUCAGGAACUUCAAUUAAAAAACAAAACAGGAAGUCGGCCAUAUUGGUUUACGUCAGCCACUUUGCGCAAAAACCAAGGGUCGUACUUUAACGAACUCCUUCAAGACGUUUUGAUCAAAGAAGUUGAAUUGAGCACUUUUGGACACCACACAGAUGGGCGAUAAUUAAUUACAAAGUUUGACAGACUUUGAAAGAGCUAUCCAUGCAUUUGUGACGUCACGCCUGGAUUACUGUAAUUGGUUGUACGUAGGCCUGGAUCAGAGCUCUCUCCAGAACUUGCAGAACUCUGCUGCUGGUCUUUUAACCAGAUCUAAAGGACGUGAGCACAUUACCCCCGUACUGGCUUCCCUUCAUUGGCUCCCGAUUACUUUUAGAGUUCAUUUAAAAACUGUACUCAUUGUUUUUAAAUGCUUACACCAAGAAGCCCCCGCCCUAUCAGAGGAUAUAGUUGUAGUAGUCAAGUUUGUGUAAAACUGUCAAAAAACCCAACAAUCAAAAUGAUUUACGACCUCUAAACCUAUCAUUAACACUACUCAGUGGCCUAGUGGUUAGAGUGAGAUCGGUAGGUUGUGAGUUCAAACCAUACUUGCCAACCUUGAGGCCUCCGAUACCGGGAGG